AUGGAUGUGUCACGAGUGCGGUCUCUCAGAACGAAUGACAAGUUCGAGCCGACCACGUGCUGUAAUAGUCACGUGUUGCAGCUCAUUCUCAAUGCAGUGGCGAUGUAUCCGAGGUCGUCGUCGGUAGCCAAUGGACAAGAGCGACCUCCCUUCCAUCCUGUCGUGUCUCCCACCUCUCUUUCUCCUUUUCCCGGCUACUUCUAUUCGAUGCCGCCUCCCGCUCACUUUCACUACAAUCCUUUUCAUCCUUCACGUCCGAUUGGCUAUAGACCUUCCACAUCUGCAGCAGCAGCGGCAGCAUCGACGACGACGGCGGUGGUCGUUCCUCCGGUGACGAACGCGUUCAGUUCGAAUUCGAGUUCGUUAGACGAAGGAUGGAGCAGCGGAACGUGCAUCGAAGUGGUUCUAAAGGAAUUCGAACUGUGGCAGAAGUUUUCUAAAAUUGGCACCGAAAUGAUAAUUACCAAAUCGGGGAGACAACUGUUCCCGCUUAUCGUCGUGUCUGUGACUAACCUGGAGAAAGACAGUGUGUACAAAGUUGUGUUAGAGUUUGCCUGCAAUGACCGCCGCCGAUACAAAUUUAUCAAAUCGCAAUGGGUCUCCAGUCAGCAGUCUGACGCCACGUUUCCUGACCAAGACCCGUCAUUCGUGCAUCCAGACAGUCCUGCUACUGGAAAACACUGGAUGAAACAAGUUAUCUCGUUCAAAGCGGCCAAAUUGACAAACGACAAAGAUUGUCGUAAACCUACUCAUGUUGUUCUUCAUUCGAUGCACAAGUACGAGCCGCAAGUAGCCAUUUUCAAAUUGUCUGACGCCGACGGAACGUUCGAACGCGUUUUAGUCCGACAACUGCCUCUGUGUCAUUUCAUUAGCGUUACGUCAUAUCAGAACAAAGAAAUCACCCGUCUCAAGAUCGACAAUAAUCCUUAUGCGAAAGCAUUUCGUGACCAAGAGACGAGCGAUGGCAUCAAAACUUUUCCCGAAUCAUUGCAGUCGGUCUCGCCAAAUUUCUCGCAUGCGGAGUCUGCGUUUCCUUCCUCUCUCGUUAGUGACUACAUUCCCCAAUUCUCUGGUCUUAUGGAUUCUCCAUUUUCCCAUUACCACCACCCGUCUUCUUCUUCUAUCUCUCCCUACUCUCCGCUCGUUUCCUCGUUUAGUCCAUUUCAUGUCUUAUCACCAGUCGUCAAACCCGACGACGUUCAUUCUCACCAAAGAAGAUUUAGUGCUCCAGACGCGCUCGCCGGUGAGACAUCUAGUUCAUUUAGAAUGAGCCGCGGCCAGGACGAGAACAGCACGAGCAGUCGGUGUAAGAAGCGUCGAAGACAGCAUCACGAUUCGGUUACUUCGUUCAAGAAGGAUACGUGCGGCUCGUCGAAAACGUCGACGAGUGGACAGGAACGUGAGGAUUGGUAUUGUCCGUCAACGACGUGCGAACGGAACGAAAGCUCGACUUCUAUGCCCAGAAGCGUUCGCCAACCAGAAGACAUAGGCAGUUCCUAUAGAGAGAGUCGGCUACUGGGAGAUUUAUCGGACAAACUAUGGGUUUGGUAUCCGAGGUCGUCGUCGUUAGCCAAUGGACAAGAGCGACCUCCCUUCCGUCCUCUCGUGUCUCCCACCUCUCUUUCUCCUUUUCCCGGCUGCUUCUAUUCGAUGCCACCUCCCGGUCACUUUCACUACAAUCCUUUUCAUCCUUCACGUCCGAUUGGCUAUAGACCUUCGACAUCUGCAGCGGCAGCAUCGACGACGACGGCGGUGGUCGUUCCUCCGGUGACGAACGCGUUCAGUUCGAAUUCGAGUUCGUUAGACGAAGGAUGGAGCAGCGGAACGUGCAUCGAAGUUGUUCUUCAUUCGAUGCACAAGUACGAGCCGCAAGUAGCCAUUUUCAAAUUGUCUGACGCCGACGGAACGUUCGAACGCGUUUUAGUCCGACAACUGCCUCUGUGUCAUUUCAUUAGCGUUACGUCAUAUCAGAACAAAGAAAUCACCCGUCUCAAGAUCGACAAUAAUCCUUAUGCGAAAGCAUUUCGUGACCAAGAGACGAGCGAUGGCAUCAAAACUUUUCCCGAAUCAUUGCAGUCGGUCUCGCCAAAUUUCUCGCAUGCGGAGUCUGCGUUUCCAUCCUCUCUCGUUAGUGACUACAUUCCCCAAUUCUCUGGUCUUAUGGAUUCCCCAGUUUCCCAUUACCACCACCCGUCUUCUUCUUCUCUCUCUCCAUACUCUUCGCUCGUUCAGUCGUUUAGUCCAUUUCACGGCUUAUCACCAGUCGUCAAACCCGACGACGUUCAUUCUCACCAAAGAAGAUUUAGUGCUCCGGACGCGCUCGCCGGUGAGACAUCUAGUUCGUUUAGAAUGAGCCGCAGCCAGGACGAUACCGACAGAGUCAGUCGACAACGUCAAGAGAACAGCACGAGCAGUCGGUGUAAAAAGCGUCGAAGACAGCAUCACGAUUCGGUUGCUUUGUUCAAGAAGGGUCCUCGGCAGGAGCAGGAUACGUGUUCUUCGUCUGAGGCGAGGCGACGGCAAGAGGAGGAUACGUGCGGCUCAUCGAAAACGUCGACGAUUGGACAGGAACGGGAUGAUUGGCAUUGUCCGUCAACGACGUGCGAACGGAACGAAACCUCGACUUCUACGCCCAGAAGCGUUCGCCAACCAGUAAGACAUAGGCAGUUCCUAUAGAGCGAGUCGGCUACUGGGAGAUUUAUCGGACAGUGAUUGAUGUUUUUGGCUUUUUAGAGACGUGGUGUGCACAGAACUAUGGGCUUGGGUAUUACUGACACGUAUACUUUUAGUCUAGCACACCUUCACUAUGUUUUAGCACGUUUUUGAGCAUUACUGCAAUAGAAGUAUUGAUGGGGAGAAUCACAU